AUGCUUACUCGCUCUACAUCGAUUACAUCCGAAGACCAAACCCUCAUUUUUAAACAUCUUCCAGAGGACCUCACCGCCAAUGACUGUGCAGAAUUCUUAUCUAACCUGGGUGCUACGAGUUCCUCUUACUUUGGAAAUAAGGGGCCACUGAGGAAUUGUGCACUGGCUGAGUUUUCCUCCACAGAACAUGCUUGGAAAGUAAUCAAGAGUGUUCACCAGCGAGUGAUCUUGCGCAGACGUAUUUCCGUGGAAUUUUUUCCCCAGUCGGAUUCACUCUUCAAAUGUGCCACGAUAGAGCCAGAGGCAGAAUGUGAGAUUUCACAUUUGUCCCCCUUGCCGCACCUUCCAGAACAAGAGCCGAUCGUUCCUAGAUGGGAUAUUUCACUCUCAGUUCCUGUGAACAUGUAUUACAAAUAUCCCAGCCCUUCACCAUCAAUUUUGACCAAUAUCAUCCGCUGCAUGGCCUCGUGUCCCGCAUUCUACACUCAGGUUGGCGUGCAUUCUGUCUAG